CUUACCAAGACUGAAAGUUUCUUGCUUUUAAAUUAGUGCCCAGAUAAUUGUUGAAAACCAUCUGUGUGAUUAAUAUAGAGGCAUAUCUUGUGCAACAAAGAGGACCAGAGAGAAAAAGAAAAAAAAAUGGGUAGCUGUUUGUCUUGCAGAUCAUCGCCUAAACUCAAAAGCAUUCGUGUAGUUCAUCUGAAUGGUUAUGUAGAAUAUUUUGAGUACCCUGUUUUAGUUAGCCAAAUCACAGACAAGUCCUGCAAACAUUUUGUUUCAACAGCAGCUCAGCUUCUUUCUACUGCGUCUAAGUCACUAAAGCCAGACGCCCAACUUCAACAAGGCCAAAUCUAUUUCUUGCUACCCUACUCCACAUUACAAGCUGAGGUGUCUCCUCUGGACUUUGCUGCUUUAGUCAAGAGGCUCACUUCCGUAGCUAAGAAAUCUGACCAUUGCCGUAAGGCUAACAACACAAAGUCCUCAAGAACUGUGCCAACAUCGACUUCACCCAUUAUAAGUCCUGGCAGGUUCGUUCAGCCGGUACAGCCAAGUGGGAUGGCGUUCCGGGGAAAAAGGUGCAGUGUUGAGAAGCCGUGGAAGCCAAUUCUUGAUACUAUUAGAGAGAAAUCUUUUAAUCGACGGAGCGAAUCAGAUGUUAUACAGGAAAUGCAAUUGGAGAUGACGAAUUAAUUACUUGGUCAAUUAGCUUAAUUAGAUGGAUCAUUAUCUUUGUAAAAUCAAAUUUGCUUUCAUUUUUCUGUAGAUUACGAAUUUGCUAUAACUAAGCAAUUUCCUUCUUCGAGAAACCUGAGGGAGAAUAUAAUAUCUACUCAGGAAAUAUGGGAUUGUUUGUUUGUAUUUGAUUAGGUUAUUGUCGUUGAGAAGAGAAAAGUAUUGAUUAGUGUUAACUGUUAGCUCAGAGAUUUUCUUUUCUUUGUUCUCAUGCAAGAGCCCAAGUUGCUCUUCAAUUAAUGCAUUCAGAUAUUUUGGGUUCGUA